AUGGGUUCAAACCACUCGAGUUUAUCGGGCACGCAUGUCUUUCAAAGCGGGCAGGGUCAAAUCGGCUUCAAUCUUAUGAAUUCGCUUCAGCAAAGCCCUGAGUCCGAUACAACACGCGAGCGAUUAGCAGGUUUAGAUGUACAAAAGCGGGUAACAGAUGAACUCAAACGGCUACAGAACAAGGAGGAUCAAAUAUCCAAGGCAAUGGAUGAACAAAUAGUAGCAGAAACCGUAGAAGACUCACAAUUCAAUCGGAGCUCGGUUUCUCGUUCGAUUUCUACAUUGUCUCAAAAACUUCGAAAUAAAUCUGGACCCAUCGAUCAAAGCGAGGUAGUGAAAACGGCAGAGACUGCAGUAGUGCGGUGCCUCCGCUUGAACGACCGUCGACCUCUAGAUUGUUGGAGGGAAGUGGAAGAAUUCAAGCGGGAGGUCACUAGGUUGGAAGAUGCAUUUGUGAACAAGGUUGUAGGAGAUGUUUAG